AUGCCUUCCAUCAAAUCACUUCUCAUUACACUCUUUGUCACGGGCAGCCUGGCAGCGCCACUCGUUGCCCGUUUCGACAGCCACGACACCAAGGUCGGUACUGUCAUUACUCCCCUGCAGAACGGCUCUGAGACAGUGGGAGAACUUGCCGAGCUGCAAGCCCGCGGGGAAGAAGCCGACCUUGAUGAUGAAGUUGUUCCCCGCGAUAUACGCGAGGAGUAUCUCGGUGAGGCAGAGGGCGGCGAGUUGUCCCGCCGCAACGAGAACUUUGAGGAAGACGAAGUUGAGAACGUCAUCUCCGCCCGCGCAAACAAAAACGAGAAGGCAAUAAAAAACGUUGAAAAACAGAAGAAGAUAGACCAAGCUGAGCUAGCUGCCAUCAACAAGCAGCUGAAGGCGCAGAAGAAGACCUCUGCCAAGGAAGUUGACAGAGCCGAAGACCGGAUUGCUGAUGCUCGCAAGGCUGUGAAAGCCGCCAAGACUGAUAAGGCCAGAACUGCGGCCACGAAUGUGCAGAAUAACGACAUUAAAAGAUUGAACCAAAUAAAGAAAGAAAAUGAGGUGGAAAGGGCCCAACUUCUGGCCGGAAAAAACAGGGAAACUAAAGAAAUUGCCGCCGGCAACCGGGAGCUCAAGAGACUCAGAAACGGUGGAAGAGUAGUCGAUGUCCCUGACACCCGCCCUCUGGUAGAAACGUCCCCUAUCCCCGUGAGAAAGACUGACAACAUCUACAUCCCGGCGGAUCCAUACCUUCCCUUGGGCGCCUAUUGA